AUGUCCUUUCCACCAAGAAUUAUUCAUGAGGGCGAGUACAUACUGAUUCCGACAAGAAGACCUCUACCAAUUAAUAGUACGACUAGCUCCGUUGCAAAUUCCCCUGCACUUCUGGGCCUGCCAGUUACAACCGAGUUAAAAGAGGAUACUAUUUGGAAGGACGACUUGGACAAUGAAUUGGCAUCCAAAGCCCUGUCUCUUAAACUUAACAAUUUGCCGCAAGAAGAGCUUCUCCCAUUGGUUCAUAGAUGGUCACACACGCACUCGAUUCUCAGUGUUGUGGCUGCACCUUCAAAGAAUCUUGUAUUGUGCGGCACCCAGGAUUCCAAGAUAUUGAUAGUUGAUAUCAACACAUACAGUAUCAAACAUGUUAUUAGCUGUGGCCAUAAUCUGUUUGCAGCUUCUGUACUUUGUUUAACUCUCAGCACUGAUGAAAACUAUCUAUUUAGUGCGGGGUCUGAUUCAUUGGUGAAGAUAUGGGACUUGACUCCUUUUAACACUUCCCAAGCAGUGACACAUGAAAUUCGCUGUACCCAUAUAAUUUACUCCUUGGUUGAUAUCGGUGAUAUAUUUUCUAUAACGUGGUCAGAACAGCUUUCAGUUCUUUUCAUUGGUGCACAGAAUGCAUCCAUUUUAUGGUGCAAACUAGACCUUGUUUCAACGCAAUUAAAUACGACCCAAGCAGAACAGGGAUAUCCUUUGGAUCGCUUACCACAUCUAAGGUUUGAUAAGUUCUUCGACUCCAAAGGACCAGGAGGGUCUAUCAACAGAGCUCAAUCGGAACAUCAACUUCUUCGCGAUAAAGACUUAGAUCAAGUCCGCCCGGUAUUGGUUGAAAUCAGCCAUAAAAAUGUCAUUAAAUUCGCCCAUAAUGGAUACGUUUACUGCAUGAGUUUGUUAGAUAGAACAAACGCUACCGAGUUUUGUGAGCUAUAUGCAAAGUUUUAUUCAACAACCUUGGUCACUUGUGGAGGAGACGGUGUAAUAAACGUAUGGGGAGUCAAGGUUCUCGAUGAUGACUCAUUAUCUAUUGAAGUCAUUUCACGGCUUGAGAAUGAUGAAUCAAUUCUUUCGAUGCAUGUGAGCAAUUCGUCUAUAUACGUUGGGUUAUCAAAUUCUAGUAUAAAUUCGUGGGAUUUGACUACGUUUCAACUCACAAGAUCUUUUCAUUUCGUAUCGGGAAAUGAUAACGGUGACGAGAUUCUUUCACUAUGCAUCAAUGAUGGAUACAUUUACAAAGCCACAAACACUGGAGGAUUAUGCAGAUUCAAGUUGAGAAACAACAUUGGUGAAAUUCCGAAAGAGAAAGGACAGCCUAUAUCCAGUAACGUGGAUUUCAAUCAACUUUUCCCUCGCGAGCUUGUGAGUGUCGAACAUAAUUCUGUGUUUGCAGUUCAAACGUUUCAUUCUCGCGGCGCCACUUUCCUUGUUUCUGGUGGUGCGGGUUCGUUAUGUCUUUGGAAUAUUACAAAUUCUGGAGAUUGUCAAGCCGAGAAAAAACGAGAUAUUAUGUUUGGCGAUAUAGAGGAGAACUGGACCAACGAACACAUGCUAGAAUCACUCAAGAACUUGAUCUCAUUCAAAACUAUUUCGAAAUAUCCCAGCCUUUAUUUGGAGGACUCAAGAGAAUGUGCGCGCUACAUUAGUCGACUCUUGAUGAGUUUGGGUGCGACUGACACAAGACUCUUGCCUGUUCCAGACUGUAAUCCUCUCGUGUAUGCUAAAUUCACGAGGAACCACAAGGAUUCACUACAUAGGAAACCAGUUAGAGUUUUGUGGUAUGGUCACUAUGACGUGGUUGAAGCGACAGAUAAGGAAGCGUGGAACACAGACCCAUUUUCGCUUACCGCUACUGACGGUGUUUUGUACGCUCGUGGUGUUUCAGAUAACAAGGGCCCCAUUUUAGCUGCUAUAUAUGCAGUUGCUGAGCUACAUAGCAAAGAGUUAUUAUCAGUAGAUGUGGUCUUCAUUAUCGAGGGCGAGGAGGAGUGUGGCUCGAUCGGUUUCCAAGAUAUUGUUCUUCUGCAAAAAAAAUUGAUAGGUGAGAUUGACUGGAUUAUGUUAUCCAACUCUUACUGGAUUGGUGAUGAUGUUCCGUGUCUUAAUUACGGCCUUCGGGGAGUCCUUAAUGCUUCCAUUGUUGUGGAGUCAGACAAGCCUGACAGACAUUCUGGUGUUGAUGGCGGUGUAUCAAAGGAGCCUACAAUGGACUUAGUUCAAAUCUUGGGUCUGUUAAUGUGCCGCUCUACUAAUAGAAUCAACAUACUGGGGUUCUAUGACGACGUUCUACCAUUAGAUGAAACCGAAUUGAGUCUUUAUGAGGGCAUUAAGAAAGCAGCAAGCACAACGGAUGUUGAUGAAAGUAACUUAGACUCUCUUUUGGCGAAGUGGAGAAACCCUUCGUUGACUAUACAUAGGGUCGAUGUGUCAGGUCCUAAAAACAACACUGUUAUUUCACAAUCAGCCCAAGCUUCUGUGUCUAUCCGUGUGGUUCCCAAUCAAGAAUUGGCCAAGAUAAAGGCACUGCUUGUCUCUCAUUUAGAAAGAGUGUUUGCAGAAUUGAAGUCCGAAAACCGCAUGAAAGUUAAUAUUUUUCACGAAGCGGAGCCUUGGUUGGGCGACCCUACGAAUUUGGUCUACCAAAUCCUUUACAAAAAGAUGAAGCUGAAUUGGGGUCCAACUGUUCCUGAUCCUCUUUUCAUUCGUGAAGGAGGAUCUAUCCCAUCCAUUCGUUUUUUAGAAAAAUCAUUCGAUGCUCCGGCAGCUCAAAUUCCAUGUGGCCAGGCCAGUGAUAAUGCUCAUCUACAAAAUGAGAAACUAAGAAUUAUUAAUUUGUACAAGCUUAAGAACAUCUUGUUUGACACAUUUCAAGAACUUGGCCUUGCAUAG